CUUCGGUAAGUCUUUCUGGCUUUUCGGUCCGAAUCCACAAGUGUCCGCAGCCGGGCAAGUGUAUCCUCGGUCCAGCCGACGAGAGCUCCAGGCGGCGCUCGUUUCUUUUCACCGGACCGAAUUUUCCCGCACGUUCCUCUUAGGCCCAUCGCUGAGAACAAAUAAAGCUGAUAUUCGCGUUUCCCCCCCAACCUUUAUUUGGAUUAAAUAUUUGAGGAUUCCCAGUAAUAUUUUUCAAGGUGGCGUAGUCGGACCCUCCCUCGCUUCCCAGCAUGCUGAGUUUCCUGCGCAGGACGCUGGGGCGGCGCUCCAUCCGCAAGCAUGCAGAAAAAACGCGGCUACGGGAGGCCCAGCGCGCGACCACGCACAUCCCGGCGGCCGGCGAUGCCAAAUCCGUCAUCACUUGCCGGGUGUCCCUGUUGGAUGGAACCGACGUCAGCGUCGACCUGCCGAAAAAAGCCAAAGGUGAGGAGCUGUUUGACCAGAUUAUGUACCAUCUGGACAUAGUCGAAAAAGACUACUUUGGCCUGCGCUUCAUGGACUCUGCCCAAGUUCCGCACUGGCUUGAUGUGACGAAAAGUAUCAAAAAGCAAGUAAAAAUUGGCCCACCGUACUGCCUCCACAUGAGAGUUAAGUUCUACUCCUCUGAGCCCAACAACCUGCACGAGGAGCUUACCAGAUACCUUUUUGUAUUGCAGUUGAAGCAAGACAUCCUCAGUGGAAAGCUCGAAUGCCCAUUUGAAACGGCGGUGGAGUUGGCCGCCUUCUCGCUACAGGCGGAACUAGGGGAUUGCGACCCGCUAGAACACAGUCUGGACUUGGUAUCAGAAUUUCGAUUUAUCCCCGAACAGACUGAGGAUGUUGAGGUGGCUAUUUACAACGCAUGGAAGGAGUGCAGAGGUCAAACACCCGCACACGCUGAAAUCAACUACUUAAACAAAGCAAAAUGGCUAGAAAUGUAUGGCGUGGACAUGCAUAUGGUUCAGGCACGAGAUGGUAAUGAGUACAGUCUGGGUUUGACACCCACUGGUGUGUUGGUGUUUGAGGGGCAAACCAAGAUUGGCCUCUUUUUCUGGCCUAAAAUUACUCGCCUGGAUUUCAAAAAGAGCAAGCUGACUCUGGUGGUUGUGGAGGAUGAUGAUCAGGGGAAAGAGCAGGAGCACACCUUUGUCUUCAGAAUGGACCACCCAAAGGCCUGUAAGCACCUCUGGAAGUGUGCUGUGGAGCACCACGCUUUCUUCCGGCUGAGGGGACCAGUACAAAAGAACUCUGCACGCUCCGGGUUCAUCCGCAUGGGAUCACGCUUCAGAUACAGUGGAAACACAGAGUACCAGACAACAAAGUCCAAUAAAGCCCGCCGGUCAGCCUCCUUUGAAAGGAGGCCGAGUCGACGUUAUUCUCGAAGAACAAUGCAUAACAGAGGAACUUUCCAUCCUCAAGAGGUUCUUUCAUCGGGCAACGGAGUCAACGCCAGCAAAGACAAGCACGUUUCUCCCGGACGAGGCGCCUGGUCGGGUGUGCCGGUGGUGAACGUCGCACCUGCUGUCGUUUGCGGCCCAUUGGAAAUUGAGCCUCUGCCCAGGAGUCCUGGAGGGGAAAAGAGAAGUUUGUCCUUGGCAGCUGACCCGAUCGAGACGUGCAUCGAUGAUGUCCUCAGGGCUCCCUCUGCUUCCGCCACUCCUACCACGAAAGCUGUCGAUGAGGCGGGACCGAGUACCGGCUACUCCCCUCCCAGUGGCACUGGCGAAGAGAUGCUCAGCCUCACUGAAACGGCAGCCCGUCUCAAGCAGCUCGAGUUGGAUAGCAGUCCACGUCUGGCCAAGAAUAAAGUCAACAUCAAUAUGGUCAUGAAUAAUCAGGAAGACAUUGUGAAGCUCAGAGAGAAAUGUUGUCUGAACAGCGCAGGAAAUAGUCCGGUAGUCACGCCGCUGCGAGCCCCGGAUGACCUGAAGAGUAACAUCCUGAAAGCGCAAGCUGAGGCCGCCAUUCUUAAGGUUGGUUUGGAGGAACAUGUUCCAGUGAUGGUGGAUAAGAACAGUAAUUUGCAGGAAAACUCCUCCAGGUUGCGGUUGCGCACCGGCCGUCUGGGCAGUAACUCAUCUCUGUCUGUUAGCACUCGCCCGGAUGUUCAAGACUCUUGGGAUCUGCUCAAGCCUUCUUCGCUGGUGUCAUCAGCAGGCACCAGUGCUGAGAGGUUAGCUGAAGAUUCAACCCCCCCUCUACCCAAGUUGCCAUCAGACUCUGUUGUUGACGGUGUCACACUAAAGGUUAAAGGAGAUGAAGUUGACAUUCCAACCACAAACCCAUCACUGCCUGAUAAUUUGAUUGACUUCACUGAUCCAAUUCCAGUUUUGCCACCUGUGCAGCCGCCGAAAGCUCCCAUCACCCCUCGCUGGAUCAUUCCUACCGCUGCUCCUCCUGGUGUCUUUACUAACGGCCUGCUCGACCUCGAGCGCCCCGCUAAGGUCACCGCUCUCCCCCCCGUGGACGGGGGGGCCGCUCUCACCUCAGCCCUCCCUCACCCCGCUCACACAUUUCAUACCAGCUCAAUGAGCAUUAUGGGUCAGCAGGCAGCCUCGGAGGAUGGAGCCACAACCAGAGGUCUCCUGACCACUGAGCUCUAAUACCCCAAAACCAGCUGAGUCGGCAGCCCGGCGUGACAUUUUUAAAGUAACCGCACACACACACACGCCAACAAACGAUCUGGACUGGAACCAGGACCAAGAACGUCACACAUCAGGUUUAGUUUAAAAAGUCCAUCAUGCGUAUCGCGACUGCUUCCAUCCAUUUUGAACCCGACGAGCCCAAACGAUCUCACUUGAACGUGACUUUUUUUUUUUGUUGUUUUUGUUUUUUUUUGUGCGCCACCUUGAUGGUCGCGUAACACAUUCCACCGGACGCAAACUGUUGGAGUAAACGGAUAAAAGGUAACGAACGUAACGACUAAGAACUGAACUCUUAAUAUGGGGAAAUAUGAUUCUCGACAUUCCUUGAGCAGCCAUUUUUUAAGCUCUUUUCAGCCAUUGGCUAGAACUUUUUUUUUGAGGGGGGGGAUUUACUGGACUAAUUCCACAUUGUCAUGGAUGAAGAUCACUGUUACAGACUGUUUUUUUUCCUGUGUAUUUUUCAAAAGUAUAUCACACAUUGUUUGUACUUUGUGGUACCAACAUUGUUCUCUCUUCUGACCUUGUUAUGAUUAACACAACCAACCCAAUAAUGUGAUGUUUUAUUGUUUUUGACUGAAUGUGAUCAUUUCCACGUGCGACUCCAGUACCUUUUGGCUUUUGUUUCAAUUUGAUAAUUUUGUGAUUAUUUUUAAAUGACGAAUGUGAUUCACCAGUUCUGUAAGUUGUAUGAAGAUGUAAAAUGUGAACGGUGCUCGCACGAGGCAUGAACCUGUCCUUGAUAUGUGAGAAUUUAGUCGAUAAUAGUACAUAACGAGCAAUCUUAGGUCACAACUUGAUACAGUUCUACUCUUCACUAAAAUGAGACUAUUUGGACUUUCACUAGAAUUGAUCAAUAUUCAAAAGUCGCUUUUCCACUGAUUUCCGUGCAUAUUUUGUGUAAAAAUCCCGCUCAAUUCUUGACUUGUUGAUCUUGUCUUGCUAUUUUGUUGCCCCCCACCCCCCACCCCCCCUGCUCCCACUGUGAAAACGCGCCAGCUUUCUGCGUUGUGUGCGUGGAAUCCCUCAGUUGCUGACCGAUUUGCUACCCAAAUAUCUCAAAUGUAAUUUUGUACUUGUGAAAUGAAGAUCUAAUUCUA